UCAGCGGUUUGACAAGUUGAGUUGAACCUAAAUGCGUUAUUUCCUAUUCCUUCUGUUUUAUAUUAUUUGAGAAAUAAAAAUUAUUGGUUAAUAUUUAUAAAUCGCCGAAUGCUCGUGUCUAUUUAUUCGAAUUGCAUAAAAUAAAUCAACGCAUUUGUAAUUCAUUCAUGAACUUUUCUUGUCAAAGAAUUAAGAAAUUGCAUUGUUAACCUAAAAAUGGCUGGUGUUUUGUUCGAAGAUAUUUUUAAUGUGAAGGAUAUGGAUCCUGAAGGCAAAAAAUUCGACAGGGUUAGUCGAUUGCAUUGUGAAUCAGAAUCAUUCAAAAUGGAUUUGAUACUAGAUAUAAACUCUUGGAUAUAUCCUAUGGAACUUGGAGACAAAUUUCGACUUGUUCUUGCUACUACUUUACGAGCAGAUGGAUAUCCAGACAGUGGACCAAAUGAUUGGAGUCCGAUAGAAAGUGAAGGAUCCAGAGCAGACAGUUUUGAAUAUGUUAUGUCUGGAAAAAUAUACAGACUUGAGGGUGACGACAAUGCCAUGGAGGCAUCUAGUAGGUUAGCUGCUUAUGUUUCAUUUGGGGGAUUACUAAUGCGUCUUCAAGGUGAUGCCAAUAAUUUACAUGGAUUUCAAGUUGAGCAACACAUAUACCUAUUAAUGAAGAAGCUUGCGUUUUAAGAUAUAGGUCAUCAUAAUUAAGAUUCAUUAAAAUGCAUCGUUUUUAGUUUUAAUAUGUAUAGAAUAUUUAACUUCCCAAAGAAGAAACUUAGGUUGAUCUAUUUCCUGAACAUAUUUUUUUAAAGGGAUUGAAAUAUCAAUCUAAUCUAAACAUAAUCAAAAAGAAAUUCUUAAAUAAUGUUUAAAUGUAAAUCUACAAUCUGCCUAAUGUGAUUUAUAAAUUAUUAAAAAAAAUAUUUCCAAAAGUCCAAAAGGCAUUUUUGUAUGUAAUAAAUUUACACAAUUCAAUCUGUUCAAUCUUAAAAAUAAUAUAUCAGGCUAUUUUGACUGAGCUGGUCCGAGCUUAUGAAUUGUAUUGUCC